CGUGCCUCGGUUGCCUCGGUCGUCGUAAUUCUUACGUUAACGUGUUUUUUCUUCGCUCUGUGGAAGCGGUUCUCAAUGUCCAGUGAGUACUUCAAACAGCUCGACGCCGAAGCUCGUCAACGGUAUCGGCAGAAGCUCAUGUUCGAGGGCCAAGAGCUGCCCGAUCCACUAGAUGCUGAUGUGGUGCGUUUCAGCUUCUCGUCGGGCUGCAAGAACAUUCCACCAGUGUCCGCAGCGGAUAUUUUUGUUUAUUUGGUUGAGGGUGUAUGCUUCUACACCAAAGAACAAUUUAAGAACUUCAAGCUAAGUGACGCGUACAAUUCAUUCGUGAACGGGAAGGUGAAGCGUGUCUCGUCUUUUAAGGCUGGCAAAUUCGGCGAAGGUGUCGUCCUGAUCGUGGCAUCUGUGGAGGCGAGCCAAACUCUUUCUAAGACGUACCAGUCUUGGUGUGUGGUGAGGGACGACGGUGCCGUCGCAAGUGCUCACUGCACGUGCAUAGCUGGUCUUGGAGAAUGCUGUACCCAUGUUGCUGCCUUGCUUUUUAAUGUGGAGGCAACUGUCAGGUACGGCCUUGACAAGCAGUCACCAACAGAUACCGCCUGUGGGUGGAUUGAGGUGACGAAGAAAGCUGCAGUAAGUAUCACGGUUAUGCUUGUUCAUUGUGUGCUUCAGUAUUACAGGUAAACCAAAAAAUUUGUGCUUUCAGGCGGCUCCAGUUAGUGACAUAUUAUUUUUCAAGCCGAAAAUUGGACAAGGUGUACCAGAUGAAACACCAAGACCCAAAGAAGCUGUACCCACUUGGAGUACGGAGCAACUGCACAGCUUGUUUCAUGAAGUAAAAGUAAGACUGCUCAACUCCAUCCCAUCAUGUGAGCACGUAUAGUUCAGCAGUGGAUGAUAUCUUAAUGAGAC